AGAGAAAAAAAUUAAAAACCACAGAUCCCUACAAUCCCCAAUCAGCCGUCGUCUUUGGAACAGGAGCUGUUGGCACUGGAACAGCACCACGGCGCUCUCGCUGCUCUCCGCACUCUCUUUCAUUUUGUGAAACCUUCCUCAACCCGCCCCGCCCCGUAAUACAUAUCCACCUAUAUAUAUUCGCUCCCCUCUUGCGUUUGCACACCCUCAUACACACACAGGAAGGAGCACACACCCCAAUAAGAACAACAAGAAAUAAGGAAAAGACAAAAUGAGCAAGCAAGGAAAUUGGCUUAUGUCGCUGAAGCCCGUGCUGGCGCUUCUCCCCGAAAUCGAGAAGCCGCGCCGCAUGCCGGGCAUCAAAGAGCGCAUUAUGUGGACCGCCGUGGCCCUCUUCAUCUUUCUCAUUUGCUGCCAGGUGCCCGUCUACGGCGCCCGCCCCGGCAACGCCAGCGACCCCUUUUAUUGGAUGCGCAUCGUGCUGGCGAGUAACAAGGGGACUCUGAUGGAGCUCGGUAUCUCGCCCAUCGUCUCCGCCUCUCUCAUCCUGGAACUUCUAGCUGGUGUGCGCCUGCUGAACUACGACUCGAACAACCGCGAGGAGCGCGCGGUCUUUGAGGGCUUCCAGAAGGUGAUGGCGCUGGUGAUUACGGUGGUGGAGGCCGUCGCCUACGUCUCCUCUGGCAUGUACGGGGACCCGUCGCGCAUCGGGGUGGUUAUGUGCGCCUUGAUCGUCUUCCAGCUGAUGGCCGCCACGAUGAUCUGCAUUCUGCUGGACGAGCUGCUGCAGAAGGGCUGGGGCAUCGGCAACGGCACCUCGCUCUUCAUCGCGACCAACGUGUGCGACACCAUCGUGUGGAAGUGCUUCUCCCCGUCCACCAUCAACACGGGUCGCGGUGCGGAGUUCGAGGGGGCCAUUAUCGCCUUCUUCCACCUGCUCGUGUCCCGCACCGACAAGGUGCGUGCGCUGCGCGAGGCUUUCUACCGCCCGCAGCUGCCGAACUUGACAAACAUCUUCGCCACGGCCGUUGUCUUCGUCGUCGUCGUCUUCUUCCAGGGCUUCCGCGUCCCGCUGAUGACGAAGAGUAAGUUCAACGGCAACGACCGCCAGCCCUACCUCAUCAAGCUCUUCUACACGAGCAACAUGCCGAUCAUUCUGCAGACGAGCGUCGUGUCGAACUUUAACUUCUUUUCGCAGAUUUUGUCGCGUCGCUUCGGCAACCGCAACUUCCUCAUCAACCUGUUCGGCCGCUGGGAGGAGCGCGGCUACAACGGCGGUGGCUCUGGCCAGCUCUUCCCGGUCGGCGGCCUCGCGUACUACCUCGUGCCUCCGGCGACCUUCUACGAUCUGAUGGCGGAUCCCAUCCACGCUGUGUUCUACAUCGUAUUCGUGCUCACCACCUGCGCUAUCUUCUCGCGGCUGUGGAUUACGAUCUCGCACACGGCGCCGCGGGAUGUGGCGAAGCAGCUGGCAGCGCAGGGCCGCUGGCUCGUCCAGGCCCGCGAGAGCGAGGACGAUAUGACGCGCCUGCUGGAGAAGUACAUCCCGGUGGCGGCCAGCUUCGGCGGCCUCUGCGUCGGUGCGCUAACGAUCUUCGCUGAUUUCCUCGGCGCGAUUGGCAGCGGCACCGGCAUCCUGCUGUCCGUCACGAUGAUCAAUCAGUACUACGAGAUUCUCCAGCAGGAAGGCCAGGACCUUGGCUACGGCUUCCUGAAGCAGAAGGUUGCGUAA